AUGUCGUCUGGAAGGAAUGUACUUGCGCAGUUUGUGAGUGAGUCUGGUGAGAGCACCGGACCGCAGUUGGACUUGCCAGAGGAGCUGACGUCGGAGCAGUUGCAGCUCUUGCUGAACGAGCUGAUGGAGAAUGACGAUGCUGACACCUUUGCCUUUUCGGUCUCGGCCAACAAGCCCGAGAUUACCCCCACCACUCCGUCGAGUGCUCUGCUGGAUGAUGCGCCUGCUGCUGUCGAUGUGACUGGGACGGUGGGCGAGGCCUUGGACGUGGGCGGCCUCUCGCGGGAGACCGGCAUCACCAUUGUCUACCGCCCGCUGGCGGCCUUCAAGGUCCGUGCCGUCUCGCGGUGCGCGGGAACGAUGCCCGGCCACACUGAGGCGGUGCUGGACGUCUCGUUCUCACCGGAUGGGCAGACGGUGGCGUCGGCGUCUGGUGACAACACGGUCCGCAUCUGGAACGCGCUCACGGUGCUGCCGGUCAAGACGCUCAAGGGCCACACCGGAUGGGUCCUUCGAGUUGCAUGGUCGCCGGACGGCGAGACACUGGCAUCGGCGUCGAUGGAUGGCACUGUCCGGCUGUGGUCGCCGACCGGCGACUCGCUCGGUGUGCUCAAGGGCCACAAGAAGUGGGUGACCGACCUCGCGUGGCACCCGACGACGCCUGGCCUGCUGGCCUCGUCGUCCAAGGACACUUCGAUUAUUCUAUGGGACACUGUGCUCAAGCGCAUCCAGCGGCGGAUCUCGGGCUGCACCAAGACCAUCGCGCAGGUGGCAUGGAUCGGCGACCGGCUCGUCUCGGGCGCGCACGACAAGCUUGUCCGGCUGCACUCGCCGGACGACGGCAAGCUCCGCGGGACGCUCUCCGGCCAUGCGCACCGGGUGACGGUCAUUACUGUCUCGCCCGACGGCGACCACUAUGUGACCGGCUCGGACGACCACACAUGCAUCAUGUGGCAGCUCUCGCAGAAGAAGCCCGUGGCACGGAUGGUUGGUCAUCAGGCGCCGAUCUCGCACGCCUCGUUCUCGCCCGACGGGCGGUACGUGGCCUCGUGCGCGUUCGACAAGUCGGUCAAGAUCUGGGACGGCAAGACCGGUGCCUUCCUCUUUGGCCUCCGUGGCCACGUCGCCGCCGUCUACCGGGUCUGCUUCUCGGCCGACUCGCGACUGCUGGCCACGGCCUCGGCCGACGCCACGGUCAAGGUCUGGUCGCUCGCCAAGCGCAAGAUGAUCAAGGACCUCGCCGGCCACGCCGACGCCAUCUACGCCCUCGACUGGGCGUCGACCGGCGGCCUCGUCUGCUCGGGCUCCAAAGAUCGGCUGCUCAAGAUCUGGCGGUCGUAGCGUGUGCGGCUGUGUGGUGCAAGGUUUACGCGUCGGCAGGAAGCAGGCCCUCGGCAAUGAGCUGCUUCUUGAUGUAGCGGAGGACAAGGGUCUGCGCGUUGAGCGAGAACUGCUUGAGCUGCUCGGGCGUCGAGGUGACCUGGUCGCCGUCGAGGCGGUUGAGGAGCGUGGUGCACACGAGGGCCGCGGAAAUGCCCCAGCGCGAGGUCUGCGCUGCGAGGCACGUCGACUCCAUCUCAAAGUUGGUCACGCCGGCCUCGUGCGCCUUUUGCAGAAAGGCGAGCUUGUCGUCGCGCGAGUAGUCGGCGACCAUGCCGUCGAGCCGUCCCUGGCCCUCGUAAAAGCAGUCGGUACCGCAGGUGAUGCCGGCGACGGCGGCAAUGUCGUCGCCUGCGCACGCCAGGAUGUCGUCGGCGAGCUGGCUGUCAAAGUUGGCCGGGAACUGGUGGGUCUUGCCGAGGAUGUCCAGCGAGUAGAACGGCUCGAGGAGGCCCGAGACGGCCGACUUGGCCACCACGCACGUGCCCGGCGC